GACGGGAGGAGGAGGAAAUGAUGAGGGCGAUCCUCAUAAGGCGUGGAGGUGCGCGCACAGAGAAUCAUAACAUUCUUGAGAGCGGUAGCGGGGAGUCUACAAUUACUGCGCUCUCUCUGCCGGCAGUAACAGGACCCUGCGACUUCCCCUCGGGAGUCGGUAGAAAGUUGGGGAGGGAAAAGGGGAGGAGAGGAAAGAGGAGAGACGGAGGAAGGGAACGCAUUUUACUCGGAGGUUCGGAUAUAAAUCUGUACGCCCGUAAACACAGGAUUUUUUUAUUCUGAUUGAUUAGUUCGUGCCUUCUUAUUGUUUUAACAGUGGUUUAGAUUUUCCAUCUGGCUUCGACAAAUGAGAUGAGCAUCGUAGCGUGGAAGGUAGCCUACCAUAUUAUAAGGAACUUUGAUGUUUUUCCACUAGCCUAGUGCCAGCUGCAUUCUUGGGUGAAACGUUUGUGUGAUCUUCGUGUAAUUUCGCUGUUUAUGGAAACGAAAGCACAUUUGAUAGCCACGGAAUAACCCGGAGCGCGCGUUUUAAGGCAAAAUUACACAGCAGCCUCUGAUGCGGAGAGUGGUAAAGGCUUGACCCUGGGUAGUUCGCGAUGGCCGCUUCGGGCGGACAGAAGAGCGAGAAGUUGGAUGAAGCGCAAGCUCUGGCUAAGAGCUGCGCGGGCAGACCGGACUUUCUUCCCUGCGACGGGCUGUCCAUAUGCUCCACGCACAGCCACGGAAAGUGUUUCAAGCUGCAUUGGUGCUGUCAUUUGGGAUGGUGCCACUGUAAAUAUGUGUACCAGCCCAUGACCACGGUCUGCAAGCUUCCCAGCACCAUAGUGCCUACCACGCCUUCUGGCCACGCCCACACCAUCGACCUGUCCAUCUCGCUGAUGGAGCGCUUCCUCCGGAACGCCCCCGCCUUCCGUGCUCCGCCCUGCCUGGACUCGCCCAAGUACUGCAUCAUUUCUGACCUCUUCAUCGACGACUACGUCGUCAAGCGCAUAAACGGGAAAAUGUGCUACGUGCAGCGGGCCCAACCGACUCCCCCUCAGCCCCGACUGCAAGCCCCAGCGCCUCACUUGCCUUCCCAGCAUCCUCGGCCCCUGCCUCAGCCCCUCUCUCAGCGACCGCCCAAGCACGUGGCUCCCCAGAAGGAGCACAGAGGGAUCAAACAACUGGCCCGGGGAGACAAGUCCAAAUCUGUCGCCCCGAAAAUGGACCACUGCUCCUCGCCUUCCAGCUCUGAGGACUCUGGGAUCAACGCUCUCGGCGUGCAUUACAUGGAGUCGUGCGACGAGGACUCCUGCGAGGACGAGGAUGACGAAGAUGAGGACGACGAGGACGACGAAGACGAGUUGAGCAGCGACGAAGACUCCAGCCCCGCUAGCCUGUGGGAGCAGGACGGCUGCACGCUGCUCUCACCAUCGAAGUCCAUCGUGGAGAUCAUUGAGAAGAUGGAGACGACUGUUUGACCAUGUCUCCUCCACAAACCACUCACAUUGUCAACCCGGUUACAGAUACACACAUCUCAGUACUGCCAUGCACGCUUCUCAUUAUAUCCCUUCCACCCGUCUACCUGCAUCCAUAUACUAACAAAAAGCAAAGCACAGGCUCUCCCCUAUCAUGAGUUAUCAUCUUUAUCCACUUUCCUCUGUUUACUACCCCAGGCUAUGCUAAAGAAGAGUAUAUGAGGGGCAGGAAUAUUAUGAAUAUACAUGCCUUGAUCGGACAGGGUAGCAUCUAAUGUGACCAAACAGCACUGCAGUCUGGACCACAACUGUUUUCAAAGUGUUUUCAAAGAUCUGAAGGGAGACCGUUCAGCUGAAGCGGGUUGUUGAAGCUGCAGCUUCCUCACAGGAAAAAAUGAAUUACUUUUUACUUAAAGCACAGAAUCAAAGUGUCUGAUGCAAUAGCGAGAGAGAGGCAGGAAGAGGAAGGGAGAGAGAGAGAGGGAGAGAGAAGGAGGGAGAGGAAGGGAGGGAGAAAGAGAGAUGCUGUUUUCCAAGCUCUUACACGGGGUGUACUUUUGAACAGAGGCUAAAUGAUGCAUGAGGACAGAAGACAUUAAUGAGGCAUCGUGAUAAAAGUGGGCCGAGGCUCAGUGCUUAGGGGUCUGCUCAAAUCCUUCCUAACCCCAUGUGUGGCUUGACACAGCCCCCCCCCCUCCCCAUCACCCGUGUGACUUAGCCAAAGAGGCCAGGAGCAUAGUCCAGACAUCUCCACAAAAGGCUGGGAGUGUGUGUGUGUGUUUAUGUGUGUGUGUGUGUUUAUGUGUGUGCAUAAAUGGGACAGGGUGACACAAAAAAGCAAUGUCACUUUUAGUGGGCUCUUGCUUUACUGUGGGCUCCAUGUCAGCAUUCCAGGCUUCUUGACAAUCAAGUGAGAUUAACGAGUGUUAGUGGUACAGCCCAUUUGUGUGCGUCCACAGAAAGCCUGACCUGGAAGUUCAAGAUCUUCAUCCAGUGGUCCAAAAGCCUAAGCCUUUUUUUUUUUUUUACACAUAGCCUCCCUGUGCACGAGGAAUUGGAAUAUGCCCCUGACGUCUGUCAUUAGGAUCAGCUUGUGUUCAAAGGUUUGGGUGGAACAAGCUGUGAUACCUGGAAAUAGAUCGCCUAUUUCCUUGGACCCGCUGCUGAGUACCCAGCAGUGCACACAUUUAAAAGAGAGAUUUAAGGAGAGAUUCUUCUCUCGUAUUACCCGCCUGGACUUUGAAACGGAGCAGUCGGGAGGAAAUUGAUUUGAGGACUUAAUCUGACACUGAACCGUCAUGCAUUCUCUGUGGGGAAACAUACAUAGUAAAAAAAUCACCUGCAUGUGCCCCAUGACCUCAGUCAGUGACCCAGUUGCACAAACCCCUGUAGUCUAUAAGCACAGAGUCUUGUCACUGCCUGAGCAGCAUCAGCCAUUUUGAUGGGUGUUUACACAGAAACUCAAUGGGCCCUUGACCGAUCCCCAAAGAACUCUAGGCACCAUAAUUCCUUGUGCGGACAUGUUUUGCCCCCAUGGAUGUGAGUGAAUGAGUGUUUAUCCAAUUCUUUUUUGCUAUGUUUUCUUCAGGGACAAAUAAUCAUAGCUAUAAACCUUCUCUGUAGAUACACAUGUUUAUCUCAAACAACAAAAGAAAUCCUCCUUUUCUUAUGAUAUCUAUUGUUGCUAACUUAUCUCUUAUUUUCUGAUAAACAAAUUUAAAACCUUAAA